GUACUCCAGAAAAUGCAGAGAAAAAGAAACAGAAUAUCAGGGAAAAAUACAGAAUUCCAGAGAUUAAAGAAAAAAUGAAAGAGAGUAUGAGAAAACAAUACAGUAUUCCAGAAAUUGCAGAAAAAAAGAAACAGAGUAUGAAAAAACAAUACAGUAUUCCAGAAAUUGCAGAAAAAAAGAAAAGGAAUAUCAGGGAAAAAUAUAAGAUUCCAGAGAUUGCAGAAAAAGUGAAACAGAAUAUGAAGGAACAAUACAGUAUUCCAGAGAUAGCAGAAAAAAAGAAAAAAAGUAUGAAAAAACAAUACAGUAUUCCAGAGAUUGCUGCAAAAAAGAAAAGGAAUAUCAGGGAAAAAUAUAAGAUUCCAGAGAUUGCAGAAAAAGUGAAACAGAAUAUGAAGGAACAAUACAGUAUUCCAGAGAUAGCAGAAAAAAAGAAAAAAAGUAUGAAAAAACAAUACAGUAUUCCAGAGAUUGCUGCAAAAAAGAAAAGGAAUAUCAGGGGAAAAUAUAAGAUUCCAGAGAUUGCAGAAAAAGUGAAACAGAAUAUGAAGGAACAAUACAGUAUUCCAGAAAUUGCAGAAAAAAAGAAAAAUAAUAUGAAGGAAAAAUACAGUAUACCAGAGAUUGCAGAUAGAAAGAAACAACAUGUCAGGAAAAAAUACAAGAUUCCAGAAAAAGCACAAAAGCAAAAAGAACAUGUAAAACAAAAAUAUAAGAUACCAGAAACAAGAAAAAGGAAGGCAGAAAAUAAUUUGCAAAACUAUCACAGAAAGAAAGCUAAAUUGUCGGAUGGUAAUGCAGCACUUCAAAAAUUUAGAACAUCAUGCAAAGAAUAUCCAAUUUAUCCCUGCAUUGUAUGUGGACGUAUUAUGUUCCGUUCCCAGGUUCAAAAAUUUGUCGAAAACAAGUACAAAAAAGCACAGGUAUCUACUUUAUUGAACAGCCUUUCAUCAACCAAUAAAGAACAUAUUUGCAUUUUAUGUGACAAGACCAUCAAAAAUGGAAAAAUUCCAGCACAGGCAUUAGCCAACAAUAUGAAUCUAACCACUGUCGGAGCCGAAUUAAGUGAACUUAAUAAACUGGAAAGACACCUGGUAUCCCCAGUAAUUCCUUUUAUGAAAAUAGUUAAUUUGCCAAAACAUACACAAAAAGGCAUUCAUGGACCAGUGAUCUCAGUGUGCUCAGAUAUUAGGAAAGUUACGACAACUUUGCCUAGAAACAUUUCAGACGAAUCAUUCAUCAAGAUGAAACUAAAGCGCAAGUUGUCUUUUAAAGGGCAUCAUCUGUACCAGGAAGUAUGUCCAAAUAGAAUCCUUAAAGCACUUGAUUUUCUAAAGAAAAGAAAUCCACAUUUUGCAGAAAUCGAAAUCAACGAAGAUAUUUUUGAAAGUGACAAAUAUCUAGAUGAUAGUGAAAACAACUCUGCUCUAGAUAGCAGUGAUUCUGUUCAGGAAGGGGAAUCUGAACCAGUGAAGGAGAAAUCGAGAAAUAAUGGAAACAUGGAAAGCAAUACCAAUACAGAUUGUGAUGAUCCUGACAAAGAAGAAGAAGAUGAAUCAACAGAAGAAUCUCAAGAUUCUGUACCACCACUUGACACAUCUCUUCAACCAUCAGACCCAGCACAGUAUUUUGCUGAUGAAAAUCCAAACUCCAUUUUUUGUAUUGCACCAGCAGAAGGAAACACACCAAUAAAAGUCAUCAGUACUGAAGGACAGGCAUUUCCAAUUCAUUUUCCUAAUGGAGAAAAAACCUACACAGACAAACGCAAUACAAAAAUAUCAAUGAAACGAUAUUUCAACAGUAGAUUGUUUUCGAGUGAUCCUAGGUUUGCUAGUGAUCCAGAGUAUAUAUUUUUUGCACAGUAUACAGCAGAACUGGAGGAAGUAUUUUCUUCUGUGUCCAUUGCUAUGCGAAAGACAGUUGAUUUCAGCCACUUGACUUCAGCUAGCUUCUUGGAUUCUUCCAAAAUGAAAAAGAUGCUUAAAAAAGAUGAAUGUUAUCGCUUUUUGCAAACCAUUCGAGGUUCCCCAGCAUACUGGGAAAAAACCAUGCGAGAUCUUUUUGCCAUGCUUAAGCAGCUUGGCAUACCCACAUUUUUUAUAACUUUCUCAGCUGCAGAAAGAAGGUGGUCAGAAAUCAUUGAAGCAAUUUGUCUGCAGCAAGGUUUGGAAGUUCCACAUGAGCCUGAUUGGCAACAGUACUACAACAUAAUAAAUAGCAACAUUGUGACUGCUACACGCAUGUUCGAUAAAAGGCUUCAUGAUUUUAUCAAUCAAGUCAUUAUGAGUCCAUCAAAUCCUAUUGGGAAGGUAACUGAUAUCUUUGGCAGAAUUGAGUUUCAAGCACGAGGUUGGCCACAUUAUCAUGGUCUUGUUUGGAUUGAAAAUGCCCCUGAAUGGCAGAAAUCCCCAGAUAGUGAAGUGACAGCUUUUAUCGACAAGUAUAUUUCUUGUGAAAUACCAAAUGAGGAAGAAGAUAAAGAAUUGUUCGAUAUAGUUUCCUCAGUACAACAACAUAGUAAAGCACACACCAAAUCAUGCAAAAAAGGAGGAAAAGAUUGUCGUUUCAAUUUUCCCCGCCCAUGCUCGAUGAAAACAUUUAUUGCAAGUCCAACAACAGAUGAAGAGACAGAACCAAAUCAAUCAAAAAACUUAAAGAAAAUGUCCAAAAAAGAUGCAAAAGACAUUCUGAAAACUUUCUGGGAUUUACUUACCACUGAGUCAGAAUUGUGCACAGCAGACAUUUUGAGGCAUGGAAACAUUACCCAAGAGAUCUUACAGGAGGCACUAAAUGUAUUGUCACAAAGACCUACAGUGGUUCAGAGAAGAGAACCCAAAGAUUGUUGGGUGAAUCCAUAUAAUCCUGCACUUCUACGCGGAUGGAAUGGUAACAUGGAUAUACAGUUUAUCCUAGAUCCAUAUAGCUGUAUAAUGUACAUUAUGUCCUACAUUACCAAGGCUGAAAAAGAAUUGGGAGAGCUUAUUAAAGCUGCGCAAAGAGAAGCGAGACAAAAUAAUGAAGAGGCAAUACAAGAGCUCAGAAAACUUGGAAAUGUGUAUCUGACCCAUCGGGAGAUAAGUGUUAUGGAAGCAGUCUACAGAGUUUGUGGUUUGAAGCUGAAACACUGUUCUCGAGAUGUGGUAUGGAUUCCAACGGAUACAGAAAAUACCAGAAUAACACUUCCUAUGCAUAUUAUAAAAUCCAAUGCAUCCCGUGGUGAUGACAACGUAUGGAUGACAAGUAUCAUAGACAGAUAUCUAGCAAGACCUUUGGCAAAUGAAUUUGCCAAUAUGUGUUUAGCAACAUUUGUAUCAAGGUAUAGAGUGAUAGCAAACUCCCCCCGUACUGAAGAUGCAGAUCAAGAGGAAGAAUCAAAGACAGAGACAGGAAAAAAAAUUCAGUUGCUACACAAUAUGGGUACAAUUACAAGGAGGGCAAAAAAAGAUGCAGUCAUUAGAUAUCCAAAGGUUUCACAAUCCAAAGAUCCCGAAAGAUAUUUUUUCAAUCUGUUGAGACUAUAUUAUCCACACAGAGAAAACAGAUUCCUUCCAUCAGACUUUGACUCAUAUCAACAGUUCUAUGAAACAGGGAAAUUAGAAUCAACCUCAAUUUGUGAUGUUGUUAAUGAAAAUAUGAAACAAUUCCAGAAACUAACUGAUCAGCUUGAUGAGACCUGGUCCAUGAUGAAAGACAUGCCACCACUGGAAGAAGCAUGGGCUCAAGUGGCACCCAGCUCAGAACAAGAAAGAAUCGAAAACGAGGAAGAAAAGGAAUUGUUUGAUGAGGAUGAGUUUCUUUCAACAGUAGACAUUCCUGAAAUGAAAUCUACACCACAAACAAACAAAACUUCAAACUCACACAAUGUGUACACUGAGCCAGAUCCAAAUAUCAUAACUGAUGAAAAGCUUUUGCAAAUGUACAGAUCACUGAAUACAGAACAAAUGCAACUGUUCAAUUUUGUGAAGAAGUGGUGCUUGCAGGUUUUACACUCAAACUCUCAUGACAAUUUUCAUAUAUUUCUGACGGGGGGAGCAGGAGCUGGAAAGUCUUUGCUCAUUCACUGCAUUUACCACAUGGCAAACAAAUUAUUUCACAAGAUACGUGAAACACCGGACGAUGUGAUUAUUCUUAAAGUUGCUUACACUGGCAAAGCAGCUAUGAACAUCAAUGGUCAAACUAUUCAUUCAGCUUUUGGACUAAAGAAAAAUAUGAAAACAAAGUAUCAACCUCUUUGUGAAAAUGAUUUAAAUACUCUGCGAGCCAGGUUUUCAAACAUUCGGCUACUAAUUAUAGAUGAAAUAUCAAUGGUCAGUAAAACUGUUCUAUCGUACAUAUCAGGAAGGUUGAACCAAAUAAAAUCACUGCAGAAUUCAAAACCAUUUGGAGGCAUAUCUGUUCUCUGUGUUGGUGAUUUUUACCAGAUACCACCCGUGUUUGGCAAAAGUCUACUCUGCAUUGACCCUGGAGCUCUUCCACAAGAUCUAUGGACUUUGUUUAAAGUGCACAAAUUACAGAAGAUAAUGAGACAAAAAGAGGAUCUACCUUUUGCAGAAGCUUUAAACACAAUUCGAACAAAGAAUCGUGAUGAUCCAAUGAAUGAAGAUGUUGAAAAUCUCUUGAAAAGUUGUUUGCAUACUUCAACUUAUCCUACUGAUAUAAUUCACAUUUUCUCUACAAAUGAACAAGUGAGAAAUCAUAACCUAUCCAAACUAGAGCAACUUGGAAAACCAAUAUUCAGCUUCACAGCAGUUGAUAUAUUACAUUCAUCAAGUGGCAAAGUGUUUAAAAGACAAACACCCUUUGAUAAUUUGGAUACCUGCUUGCAACCUGAAUUAAAACUAGCAACAGGUGCUAGAGUUAUGUUGACAGUGAAUAUAGAUACCUCUGAUGGUCUAGUAAAUGGAACACUUGGAACAGUAAUAGAUAUUGUCAAUGGAAGUAUGCCAUAUGGAUUGCCAGAAUUCCUUAUAUUACAGUUUGAUGAUGAGCACAUCGGAAAUAGUUACAGAAUAAGCACUGGUAAUCCAGCACAACAUUGCACUGACAAAUGUGUAUCGUUUAGAAUCUUAUCCCAGAAAGUACCUUACAAAACUGGAUACAUCACAAGAUUCCAGUUCCCGUUUACACUCUCUUGGGCUUGUACUAUUCAUAAAGUGCAGGGACAAACAUUUGAAGAAGCAGCAGUGUCGCUCAGAAGAGUUUUUAAGGGCGGAAUGGCAUAUGUUGCGCUCAAUUCUUUCUUACAACCCAAUGAGAGAGAAAAUAAUUUCUUACUUCUGCAUCACAAUGUGCAGUCACUUAGAAAACACCUACCUGAUGUAAAGAAAAUGCUAGAAUACUACUCACCUAAUGUUUUCUGUGCUACAGAAACAUGGCUUGGAGAAGACUCAGAUCAGACGCAUUAUGAUGUUGAUGGGUUCAAUCUAAACUCUGUGAACAGUGUCCAGGACAGAGGGGCUGGAGUUGCUGUUUAUAUACAAAAUGAUACCACCUUCCAUAUUUUGAAAACUGAGGCUCAGACAGACUUUGAAAUGAUCUGCAUUUUCCUUCCCCAAAUUAACUUGAUGGUUGCAACUGUAUACAGACACUGCAAUGCCUCUCUUGUUUCAUUUUUGUCUGUACCACAGUGCCUGCUUGAUAUUUGCAAAGCAAAAAACAUUCCUAGGAUGGUUGUCCUUGGUGACUUUAACAACACCACUGCUGAAAUAAAUAGAUCAUUUCUAUCCCUUGGUUUCAAUCAGGCCAUCCAUUCUCCAACAACCACUGCAGGCUCAACUCUAGACAAUAUUUUUGUUUGUAACAUUCCAUCAUUUGAAAGUGGAGUUCUGUCUUCCUAUUUUUCAUUUCAUAUGCCAAUUUAUAUAACUAUUACAAGAGAUGAAGAUCAACACAUGAAAACAGAAAAGAAAAAACCAAGUGUGAAAGCAAACACUAAAGUUCAGCAGAUUGGUGAAGAUCAACACAUGAAAACAGAAAAGAAAAAACCAAGUGUGAAAGCAAACACUAAAGUUCAGCAGAUUGGUGAAGAUCAACACAUGAAAACAGAAAAGAAAAAACCAAGUGUGAAAUCAAUCACUAAAGUUCAGCAGAUUGUGGCUAGAAUCUGUUGGCUUCACUGUUGUUCCUACACUUGGCACCCAGCAAUACAGUGUUUCCUGUGGAUAUGUAGCAGCAAACACUGCAUGGAUACUUCACAAUGCAAACAACUGGUGGAAAUUGAAAUUGAACCAACGCUGGACAAAUCCAUUAUUCAUCAGUAUAAUUGUAUUAUUGGUAUACCAGGCCGUGAACCACUUUUUCUGAUGGAUACUCAGAUAAUUGAAAUAUUGGCCAGUCUUCACAAUAUUCAGUCCAGUUCUCUGCCAUUUACAUGGAUUGAUGGACCCAUGCCCAUUAAUUUCUUCAUCCUGGGAUUGCGUCGUUCCCUUUCUGGUAGAAGAACAAGGAGAGACUCAAACCUUCGUAUUGCUAUUGUGAAUACAACACCAACAGACUCUUCAGCAGUACUUACCGGUGAUCAUUGGAUUACUGUUGCAUAUAAACUGUGUUAG